CAGGGGUUCUAUGAGUCGAGUGGAUGGAAACCUCACACCACAUAUCCACGAAUCCACGGAUCCACUCAGAGCUCUCCAUGCUGCUCGGUGAACCGGGGCCGCACACCGAAGACGGAUAGCGCGAACUUACAACCAGAGUUGGUGAAUGAAAAGCUCAGACUGACCCAGUGCGGUUGAAGCUCGGCUGAUCCUUCUACUUUUUUUUUUUCGUGGUCAUCGUCGGUGUGUGAAGAUGCCGCCAGCGACAGGAGGGCCGGUGGGCUACACUCCUCCAGAGGGAGGCUGGGGCUGGGCAGUGGUAGUAGGAGCCUUUAUCAGCAUUGGCUUUUCCUAUGCCUUCCCCAAGUCCAUCACGGUGUUCUUCAAAGAGAUCGAGGUGAUCUUCAAUGCCACCAGCAGCCAAGUGUCGUGGAUCUCUUCGAUUAUGCUGGCUGUCAUGUAUGCAGGAGGACCAAUCAGCAGUAUUCUGGUGAAUAAGUUUGGUAGUCGGCCAAUCAUGAUAGUUGGGGGCUGUCUGUCUGGAACAGGGUUAGUCGCCGCUUCCUUCUGUAACACAGUGGAGGGUCUGUACUUCUGUGUGGGAGUUAUAGGCGGCCUGGGUUUGGCUUUUAAUCUGAAUCCAGCACUGACCAUGAUUGGCAAAUACUUCUACAAGCGCCGUCCAAUAGCUAAUGGCAUCGCUAUGGCGGGCAGCCCGGUGUUCUUGUCCACCCUCGCUCCACUGAACAGCUGGCUGUAUGAUCAAUUUGGGUGGAGGGGGAGUUUCCUCAUUCUGGGUGGAGCUUUGCUGAACUGCUGUGUUGCGGGGUCACUAAUGCGGCCCCUUGGACCAAAACCACUACCUGCUAGCCCAAAAGAGGACGACGAGCCCAAACGUCAAGAGAAAAAGACCUGCAUGCAGACCAUUAACAGCUUCCUGGAUCUGACCCUGUUCACUCACAGAGGCUUCCUGCUGUAUCUUCUCGGAAACGUCGUCAUGUUCUUUGGCCUCUUCGCGCCUCUUGUGUUCCUCAGUAACUAUGCGAAGAGUAAAGAUAUUUCCAAGGAUAAGGCUGCGUUCUUGUUGUCCAUCCUGGCCUUCACUGACAUGAUCGCUCGGCCGUCCAUGGGCCUGGUGGCCAACACUCGCUGGGUCCGUCCUCGUAUCCAGUACUUCUUUGCCGCAUCUGUGCUGUAUAAUGGCGUCUGCCACUUGUUGGCACCGCUCUCCACAGAUUACCUGGGUUUUGCCAUUUAUGCUGUGUUUUUCGGCGUGGCAUUCGGCUGGCUGAGUUCUGUUCUGUUUGAGACUCUGAUGGACCUGGUGGGAGCUCAGAGGUUCUCCAGUGCUGUGGGGUUGGUGACCAUUGUGGAGUGUGGGCCUGUGUUGCUGGGGCCUCCCAUACUGGGAAAACUCAAUGAUGAUUACGGUGAUUAUAAAUACACAUACCAGGGUUGUGGAAUCGUCCUGGUGAUUGCCAGCAUAUUCUUGUUCGUGGGAAUGGGAAUAAACUACCGGCUGGUGGACAAAGAGAAGAGAGAGGAAGAGAAAAGAGCUAAACUGGAAGAGAAGGAUGCAGAGACGAACGUAGACAAUGCCUUGAUUGAGAAGGCGAAGGAGGUGGAUGGAGACGCAUGGGAUGCAUGAGAUGACAAUGCCAAAUGGAGGAAACAUUAUACGCACACACACCAACAAUCCGUGUCUUCCGGUUUUGACCGUCCAAAAUGAUAAACUCAAAUCAUUUCCCCUCUAAUGCAUCACUUCAUGAUUCAGCCAGUGUUUAAAACAGCACAAAGGACUACGAUGCCAAGAAAUUCUCUUUUAUGAAGUUUUAUACACAUCUCAUUCUGCCAACAUUCAUACGGGAGUGUCUCCAUACCUUGUCAAAAUUCGCCUUUUUUGGUACAUGUUAUAACCAUAAUGAGAGCAUUCCUAUUUCUUGACUCCAGAAUAGCAGUUUAUACACCUUUAAAUGAAACCACAAAAUGCACAUUUCAAAUUUUAUAUGAGAAUAAUGUGAUGUGUGACAUUAAAGUAACAUGCACAGAAUUUUUCAGUUCGAGAUAUGGAAGAGGGAGAUAUUUCACUCCUGUUUAUCUUCCAUUUUUAGAAAUAUAGUGUUUUUGGACUAAAGGUCAUUUAUUAUAUGUAGAUUACUUUUUUUUUUUUUUUUUUUUUUUUUUUUUGAGUGUGAAUGGGUUUUUUUUUUGUAUGUGUAUGUAGCGUACUUUCUUGAUCUGAUUGGCUGGUAGAGAAUAGUGCCAGGCCUUCCUAGACUGCCGUACAAAGGCAAAACACAGGAAUUAUAUCAAGACUUGGGUCAAAGCUUUUGAAUUGCUUGAAAAAUAAUUUUUGUGCUCUGAACAGUUCAGUAGAUCCGAUCUGUCACGGGACAGGAUUUCACUCAUGAAAUAUGGUAAAAAUGUGUAAUUACUGUGUUUUGCCUUUGCAUGGCAGAAGAAUUCAAUGUUUGUUUCCAGGUGCCGUUUAAUGGAUUUUUUAACAGGCUGCUUCCUGCUCUUGUGAUCACAUGAUCUCAAACUCUUUACUCUGUGUACUGUAACCAUGAAGAUUUCUGUGGUUACCUUUUUUUAGGAACUACAGCAGACACGAUAUUGUAAAGGUCUUUUGGUCUGAGACGGUUCUCACUUUUUCACAUGAAAAGACUGCUAGAGAUGUGCUUCUGCUUUUACUUUUCAUUCAGCAUUAAUGAAGAUGAGGUUCACUAGGGUACAUUUAGAUAGGUGAUCCUUUUACAAUGUUCACUUGCUUUUUUGACCACAUUGCUUUUUUAUGUCUAGAAACGAUAAAUUACGGUCGCCAACAGAACCUGUGCCUUGAAUAGGUGCCUUUCUAUGCUUUCUAACAGGUUUUAUUUGUAUUUAACAGCCAUACGUGUACCAGUACUAACUCCUGACCGUUUUUACAGAGCUUUCUACUGUCAAAAGGAUGCGUAGUGAUUUUAAUUUGAUAGUCUGAUAUUAAUUAGCUGUUGAUGUGUCAUAUUAAGAGAGAGAGAGAGAGAGCUUCAUUUCAAACUGAGCCAGCAACAAACACAGCACUGCGUUUGUGUUGACUAGAGAUGAUUUCAUUUCAAGUUCUGCUAGUGUUAACCCGAACUCGCUUUCUGAAAUAGGUGAAAUCCUCGAAGUCGCUCAGCCAUUUUAUUCCUUCAGCCUUUUAGAUUUGGCUGAGCAUGUGAAAAACAACACGACUCUCAGGUCAGCGGAAAGAACAAGAUUUGGCAGAUCUCAAACAUAUCAUUGACAGCUUUGGCUCUCCAGAGAGAGUCAGUUUCAGGUGAAAACAAAGGGAUGAAAACACCACCACCACCUGCUGGCUGCCGUGAUUCAUUGCGACACUGCAGUAAAGCUAUUGUGUUGUAGUUCUAUUUUUCAGGAAUUUUUUUUUUUUUUUCAGCAAAGUAGUAAAUCUGUUCUAGUGUCGUUGUUUGGUGUCAGCAGAUGACGAUUUUGUGUCGUGCACUUUAAUUAGGUACAUUUAAGGUGAAAUUCAUACUCGUGAGUUAUGCACACCCAGCAUUCAUGGUGUAAGCCAGUUUAUUUGACCUUUUAUUCCUUAGCAGAAACGUAUCGGUGCGGGUCCCGAGGGAAGUGCGCUUGUAUACAGUUCUCUGGUAAUGUAAGCUCAGAGCUCGCCUGAAUAAAAGAAAAAACGAAUAAACAAAAAAAGCAGAGAAUCAGAGCAGUGUUAACGAGUCGUUUUCAGUAUCUCAGAUAAGAUCAGUAUCUCUGCUCCGACCGCACUUCUGUUUACAGGAUCAGAGCUGUCUAAACUCCACUCCACUGUGUGUGUGCAUGUGGAUUUGUUAUUAGUGUUGGUAACCGUGUGAAGGAAGAUACUGCUGUAUAGAGAAAAUGGACCAUCCUGAGAAAAAGCAUUGUAGAGGGUAAAGCCUUUUUACGCUUCUCUUCUCUUUUUUUGUCGUCGUAUUCCCUUUUAAUUGUGGGUUCGAUGUAACCGAAGUAACACUAACCAGCGUGCUUUUAAAAUGUUUCCUGUCAGAAAGACAACUGACUGAGGUGAAGAGAGACAGGGUUAGAAAGUGUUUGUGUGUGUUUGUGCACAGAUUCCAUGCAAACUCAUGAUUCAUUUAGGAGAGUGGGUAGAAUCUGCCCCUUAUGAGGUAUUCAGGGCAAAGGAAAAAUAGUUGUAUUUUUAGGUAUUUGAACCAAUAUCACGUGUGAGAUCUUGUAUGAUUUGAUGUUUGUGUGUGUGAAUGAGCAAAUCAAUAAACUUUUUCUAAAAAUG